AUGGCAGACCAAGACGAUUAUAGCGAUAUUCCCAAGGAGGUCCCUCUGGAGGAUGACUACCGUCAAGACCCAGAAAACGUCGCUCGCGGACACAAGGCUACCCUAGCGAAUCCGAACGUAUCAGAUGCAGCGAAGCAGCACUCCCGCUCUGUUCUUGAGAAUGAGUUCCAAGAAAAUGAAGCUACGGAAACUACCAGGACUACCGGAUCACAGUCCAAGCAAAAGGAUCCUGGCAAUGUUGCUCGUGGUUUGAAGGCUUCCCUCGCAAAUGAGGGCGUGUCGGCAGAAGCAAAGGAGAAUGCGAAGCAAAAGCUUCAGGAGAUGCAGUGA